UAAUAUAUAUAUAUAUAUGAAUUCUCCUUUCUCAUAAACAAAACCCAACCAUAUUUUCCUUCGACGAUUAUUAGCGGAGGAAGGAGUCGAUCUCUGUUACUCGGCCGCGAAGUAUGAGUUAUUACAACCAGCAUCAGCCUCCGGUCGGCGUUCCGCCUCAGCAAGGUUAUCCGCCGGAAGGGUACCCUAAGGACGCUUAUCCACCGGCCGGGUAUCCUCCACAGGGGUAUCCUCCACAGGGGUACCCUCAGCAAGGGUACCCUCAGCAAGGGUACGCUCCGCAGUACGCUCCUCAGUACGGUCAGCCUCAGCCUCAACAGCAGCAGCAGAGUCAUAGCUCUGGUUUGCUUGAAGGCUGUUUGGCUGCUCUCUGCUGCUGCUGUCUUCUAGACGCUUGCUUCUGAUGAGAACCUGAAAAAGGGCGAUUCAAUUGAAGAUUGAUUUACGGCAACUGUGCAAGAAAUUUGAAUUCUAUAUUCAGUUCAUCUAGAAUGGUCUCUUUUGUUUCUGGGUUUCUCUCCUUUUCUGAAUAAUUAAAAACAUUUGCGUGAAAAUUCCUGUCUCUUUUUUUUUCUUUUCAUUUUGGUUCUUAGGUAUGUAAAUUUGUGGGAGAUUCUGAUUUUCUUCAUGGAAAUUGAAAUACGUCUUUGGAAUUUGAUCUAAAUUCUAUGGCUUUUCUA